UAGCCUUCUUGGAUCCCUCCCCCUUUCCAUAAAACUCUCUCUUUUUUUUGUUCAUGUAACUCAGAGAAAAACUUCUUGCUAAAUUCUUUGUAUUUCUUUCUUGGCCUUCAUGGCUCUUCUAACCUUCUUACCAGACCAUACACACCAUGAUAAACAACCAUCCAAACGCAAGCUAAAACAGACAAAUCAUCAAAAGCAAAAACAAAAACAAAAACAGCCAUCUUCAUGGGACCAAAUCAAGAACUUACUAACGUGCAAGCAGAUGGAAGGUUCAAGAGUACACGACCCAUCUUUAAAGAACGCUAAUAACAUUAAUGGAUACUCUAAACUAGGCUCUUCUUGUAGUUCUAUUUGCAGUUUCAGAGACGUUGUUCAUGGCAACACUAGAGUUGUUCACAGAGCUGAUAACUCACCUGAAAGUAGCACACUUGGUCAAGAAACUGGACUGCUGACUCGAAAGAAUGUUAGCGGGUCAACGUCAACUCGGUCAUUGGGUGUUUCAGGGAGAUCCAACGGUGGUGCAGCGUACAGCUCAUCAUCUUCGUCUUCGCGAGGCAUGCAAUUCAGGAAGCUUUCUGGUUGUUAUGAGUGUCACAUGAUCGUUGAUCCUAGCAGGUACCCAGUUCCAAGGACCACAAUUUGCUCGUGUUCUCAGUGUGGAGAAGUAUUCCCUAAGAUUGAAAGCUUGGAGCUUCAUCAAAAAAUUCGACAUGCCGUAUCGGAGCUGGGCCCAGAGGAUUCGGGCCGAAACAUUGUUGAAAUCAUCUUUAAAUCAAGCUGGUUAAAGAAAGAUAAUCCAAUCUGUAAAAUCGAGCGGAUAUUAAAAGUCCACAACACUCAGAGAACCAUCCAACGGUUUGAGGACUGCAGAGACGCAGUAAAGACACGUGCACUCAACAGUACUCGAAAGAACCCCAGAUGCGCAGCUGACGGUAACGAACUGUUAAGAUUUCACUGCACGACCCUUUCUUGCACGCUCGGCGCGAGUGGCUCAUCCAGCUUGUGUGGCUCGAUACCGGGCUGCGGCGUAUGCACCAUCAUAAGGCACGGCUUUCAAGGCAAAGAGUGCAAAGGUGUACGCACGACGGCGAGCAGUGGUAGGGCCCAUGAUUCAUUACUUGGUUGUACGGAAGGGCGGAGGGCUAUGCUGGUGUGUCGUGUGAUUGCUGGAAGAGUGAAGCGCGUGGCGGAUGAUGCGCCGCCAUCGGAGGAAGACGCCGUGGCAGCAGUUGGAUCGUAUGAUUCAUUAGCUGGAAACUCCGCGAUAUACUCGAAUCUAGAGGAGUUAGUUGUUUUCAAUCCAAGGGCUAUCCUUCCAUGUUUUGUAGUGAUCUACGGUGCGCUUGAAUCUUGAUAACUUAUAAAUCAUCGGUUAUGAUUGUGUAUAUAAUAAUUUUGGAUUAACAAACAGCUCAAGUGCAUGUGUGUGAGUAUUAAAUAGUGGAAUUAUUAUUUAAUCUGCAAA